GCCUAAAUGAUUUCAGGAACUUAAAUCCUAAGUAGUCAACAUGCGGAGCUCAGAGAAACCACCAACGCCAGGCGCUAAACUUAGGGUUUUUCCAAGAGAAGGACCACCUUCCUCCAAUCCACAAUAUGCAGAAAGAUACAAAGAGCUACAUAGGGCUGUAUUCUGGUUACUACUCAUCGCCGUUCUGGCAAAUACAGCUCCCAUAACCAUUCUACCGGGCUGCCCAUACAGAAUCUACCGGUUGGUCCAUUUGAGUUGGAUGAUUCUGUGGUAUGGAUCGUUCGUCUUGGGCUCCUACUUUGAAUUCGUGCUCAUCACCACACAGAGGUUAUCCUUGGACCGCUACCUAAGUGCCACUGAGUCUGCCAUCUAUGUGGUUCACAUAUUUUCCAUAAUGCUCCUCACUUGGCAGUGUGGAAACUGGGCUCCUAAGGUGAUGAGGAAUAUCGUAAGAUCCGAUAUAGAUAGAGCUUACACCAUAGACUCCAACAGGACCAAGAGAUUCAUUAGGCUGCAUAUGUUUUUGGUGGGGAUUUUCACCUGUCUAGCGAUUUUCUUUAAUAUCUGGACCCAGAAAUGCCUUGUAUACAGAUCGAUCUUGAGCAUCAACAGCUAUGUGAUGCCCAAUAUCAUAAGCAGCAUAUCCUUUAUCCAGUACUACCUCCUCCUCCAAGGGAUCGCAUGGCGUCAAAGGAAGCUAACUGAAAGCCUGGAGCGGGAGCUGUUUCAUUUGCAAAGCCCUCGAAUAUCGGAGGUCCAAAAAAUCCGGAAGCAUCAUGCAGAUCUGAUUGAUUUCACCAAAGUGGUAAACCGCACGUUUCAGUACUCCAUCUUACUGCUCUUUGUGGGAUGUUUCCUGAACUUUAACCUCGUCCUGUUCCUCGUCUAUCAGGGCAUCGAGAAUCCAUCGAUGGCCGACUUGGCCAAGUGGUUAAGUAUGCUACUCUGGCUGGCCAUGCACGUGGGGAAGGUAUGCUGCAUCCUGUACUUCAAUCAGACUAUUCAGGAUGAGCAUUUCAGGUGCUUGACUGUUUUGAAUAGAGUGUCGUGUACCAGAAAUGAUCUUCAGGAUGCCAUUACCCAUUACAUUAUCCAAAUGAGAACGAAUGUGCGGCAGCAUUUGGUAUGUGGAGUCAUAAAUCUAGACCUCAAAUUUUUAACUUCUUUGCUGGUGGCCUCUGCAGACUUCUUCAUCUUCCUGCUGCAAUAUGAUGUCACCUAUGAGGCCUUGUCCAAGUCGGUUCAGGGGAAUAUCACUAGAAAUCAGUCCUAAUAUCUAAAUAUAAAACAAUGUACUUUAAGCGAACAGAAUCGCGUAAUAUACAAAAGUAUUUUA